CCCAGUGUGUGUGUGUGAGUGUGAUUGAAUGAGUGUGUGUGCUGACAGCAGCUGGCAGAAGUGGCAUUCAUCAGUCUCACUGGUUUGGAAUAAAUGAGAAGAUUCAAUAUCUGGAUAUUCAUAUGAACCAGAGAUGCCCUGUGUACAAACCCAGUAUGCAUCGCUGCCCCAUGACACCUACUUCAGCUCUGAGUUCUUGAAUCCUGAUCUCAGUGCCAAACUGAUGAUGGACAUCAGUGGCCAAAAGGACCAGCUGUCUACAUCUUCGUUGCCCAGCAUCAAUACCUUGGUGGGAAAUGGUUACAUGGGGGAGUUUGAUGCUUAUUCCUGCAAGAUUACCACCGCUCCUCCUGCCUCUACAGUUUCUUUCAGCCAUGCCACAGUAGCUGAAAACUCCUGCCCUCAGGUGCAGAGCCAAGCCUUCAAGCUGGAUGAUCUCCAGGUGUAUGGCUGUUACCCAGGAUCCUUUGCACUCAGCUGCCUUGAUGAAACACUGUCGUCAUGUGGCUCUGACUACUAUGGCAGCCCAGUUUAUGCUGCUGCAUCUCCUCCAACCCCGGGCUUUCAGACCCAGUCUGCACCUGUCUGGGAUUCCCCUUUCAGCCCCUACCCCUCAGCACCCCCGUCCUCUGUGGCUGAUAAGGCCGCCAUGGCCCAGCAGCUCUCCUUUUUCACCUUCAGCCCCACACCAGAGCAGCACUCUCCCCUGGGGCAGCAUCAGGAUGUUCAGCCAAACCAGGAGGACCCUUUCUUCCUGUCUCCCCAGCAGCACGUCUCUCCACUUCAUUGCCCCCCCAUGUCCCUGGAGCAUGGACCCCUGGAUAGCCCCAGGAUAGUAGAGGGGGCCAUGACCCCUCCUAAAACCCACAACCCAGGAUCCAGUGAGGGCCGCUGUGCAGUUUGUGGUGACAACGCUUCCUGUCAGCACUACGGCGUUCGCACCUGUGAGGGCUGCAAAGGUUUCUUCAAGCGAACCGUACAGAAAAAUGCAAAGUAUGUGUGCCUCGCCAAUAAAGACUGUCCAGUGGACAAGAGGAGGAGAAACCGCUGCCAGUUCUGCCGUUUCCAGAAAUGUCUUGCAGUGGGAAUGGUCAAAGAAGUUGUUCGCACGGACAGCCUCAAAGGUCGCCGGGGUCGUCUGCCCUCCAAACCCAAGACUCUGGUUGAGGCUUCAUCCACGACCCCCAGUGGCAACAUCAUAGCCUCUCUUGUGAGGGCUCAUUUAGACUCAAACCCAACCAUUGGAAAGCUGGACUACUCCAAGUACCAGGAGACAGUGGACAACCUGACAGAAAAGGAGGAUGCCGGUGAUAUUCAGCAGUUUUAUGAUCUGCUGACCGGUUCUUUGGAUGUAAUAAGAAACUGGGCUGAAACCAUCCCAGGAUUCACAGAUUUCUGCACAGAGGACCAGGAGCUGCUGCUUGAAUCUGCUUUUGUUGAGCUCUUCAUUCUGCGACUUGCAUACAGGUCAAAUCCUGAGAAGAACAAGCUGAUCUUCUGCAACGGCCUGGUCCUCCACCGACUGCAGUGCGUUCGCAGCUUUGGCGACUGGAUCGACUCCAUCAUGGAUUUCUCUCAGAGCCUGCACCGCAUGAACUUAGACAUCUCCUUGUUUGCCUGCCUUGCAGCGCUAGUGAUCAUCACCGAUCGCCAUGGCCUCAAAGAGCCCAAACGGGUUGAGGACUUUCAGAAUCAUCUCAUCACUUGUUUAAGGGAACACGUAAGCGGAAACAGAUCAGAACCAAGCCGGACCCAACCCAACUAUCUUUCUCGUCUUCUGGGCAAACUCCCCGAACUGAGGACUCUAUGCACACAGGGCCUACAGCGCAUCUUCUACCUGAAACUGGAGGACCUGGUGCCCCCUCCACCAAUAGUGGAGAAAAUUUUUAUGGAUACUCUGCCGUUCUAAAAAGACAUGAAAACAAAUAUGUUAUUUGUAAAAAUGACAGACACAAAGCACCUAAUGUGAGGUUUUAUCAUUGGGCUUUACUGGUGAUCCUCCUUCUAUCACACUGACUUGUGUGCUGACAAAUGUCUGACAUUGUUCAAGAGACCACUAUUUUUCUAAGAUUGUUUUAAAGAUUGAAUAUGGUACCUGUGUGAGUACUGCAUUAAGAUUUUUUUUUUCAGUUCAAUGAAACUCAUAGACAGACAGAGCUGAAGUGGUAUAAACAGUUCAGGACACAGUUUCUAUAUAUUUUUGUGUGCAUUUGUAAAAUGACUUCAUUGCUGUGCUCGAUGUGUGAAUGUUGUCCUGCUAUGCACCUAGUAAGUAGAUAUUUGGGUAGAUGCAAUGCACCGCUACAUACUGAGCUUUUCCUUAAAGAAAAAGAAAUACACUAAUCUCUUAAAAAGCAUGUUUUUAAAGUUGCUUUUUGAUCCCACUAAGAAGCUGAGACAGUAGAUUAUUUUGCAGAAAAAGUCAGGCCUCCUGUCUCUUUAAAGAACUGUCCAGUCCUACUUUUCAAAAGGAAAAAAAAUUUACUAAUUUCCUUGUAUCACAAAAGAUAGUUUUAGUCACACUCAUGCUCCUGUGGAAGGUCUCGGACCAAAGUUUACUCUUAUUUUGAUACUACCAGUUACAAACCUUAUUGCCUUAAACUAAACAAAAUGUUCUGCCAUGACUCUCGUGCUGCCGUUUUGCAACACCUUGUUAAGGCUGAUGCUGCCCGGGCUCCUGUUGAACCGCAUGUCCCUGUAACAACACAUUUCUUGGGCUUUUAACAACAAAAAUGUACUUGCUGAAUGAAAAUUCAAAGUGCCUUUUGUAAAGCCUCGGUCCUUGAACCUUGAUAAGUGACACUAAGAGAAUUUUCAUUCCAAAUAUCACAUGCAGCCACAUCACCCAUUUAUUACAGAAAUGCAAUCAUUUCUAUUUUGUUGUCACCAUCAGAAUUCAUUUCUUACCCAUCAGUGAUGAAAAUGAUUUCAGGUCUGUGUGUUUCAUAUGAAGUGCCUGAAGGAUGCGAGUGUCAGCACAGCUUGACAUAGAUCAUACAAUGCUUGACCGCACGCUUCACACUGCUAAACUGGAAGGACAUCAAGUGACGACAGGUGGUUCAGGAUCUCCAAGAACUAAAUCCUGUUCACAUGUUCCUCCUGAGGCAGUGAAAUUCAUAACUACAGUAGAGCCGUCCAGCUUAAAAUUGAAUUAAGACAGGUCACAGUUCAGAGUCUCCUUGUGUCCACAAUUAGAUACAGUGCACCGUUUCUAUGACUUGUUUUGACCCAACAAUGCCUGAAAAUCUGCAUGCGUGAGCAGGCGUUUCAUGUCCGACAUCAGCUCGUUUCUUGUCUCUGCACAUACAUCACCCGACAUGUGUCUCGAGCCUCAGCUCUGUGUUCGUAAAACUCUCCUACCGUCUUGCAUGUUCUUCUGAAUUGCGCUGGUUUUUAUCGGUUGGAUUCAUUUUUUAGUUUCACCUCCAAAUGAACUCAAGAAAUAUCUUAAGGAAUCACAGUGAGAUGUGAUGAGAAGAUGAGCAGCUAAGAGCACUUCAAACAGUGUUCAAACAGUAGGAAGGAGACUUGUUCCUCCUACUGUGUGUGUGAUGUUUGGGACGUGUGUGUGGACUUUGAAAAUACUGCCAGGACUUUGUAAAAUGGUGCAGGAGUAUGAAAAGAGAGUAUUUGAUAUUAAACCUUUUUGAAAAUACACCACUGUCUGCCUUUGUUUAAAUGUUAGGAAACGGAGUGAUAUAUUUGCUGUAAGUCAUAGAUUCUAUACUGUCUCUGCAGAUAUAUCUUUGUUUCCUCUAGUUUCUACCGGGGCAGAUGAGUAUUCAAGUGCCAGUUUCUUUAUGAGUGUGAAUUACAUUUUAUUCAUUGAUUGCAAAUGGUGUAUAUUUUGUAUUCUUUCUCUAGAAGUAUUUGCUUACAAAAAUGAUUAAAGGA